CCAUCAGCCUUGGCUCACAAAUACGCCUGGAUUUUCCUACCUCUGUCGAACCCUCCUUGUCAGCACCCCCACACCCCCACCCCCGUCGAGGCUGGGGUUCCCCCCCCAACCCCACAGCCUGGGCACAUCAGUGAGUGGGGGACCUAAAGAGCAGAGCAUGGGAUGGAGGGGCACCAGAGGCGGGUCCCCUUGCUCCCAGGCCGGGACCCCAUUAUGGGGGUCGCUAACUGUCCGUCACUACCUGUCCAGGCUUCGUUUCCCUCCAUUCCCAAGGCAGCUCCACUCCUGGCACGAAAGGGUUAAGUCGGCCUGCCCCCGCCAGCCAAUGGCCGCGCGCAGCGCCUUCGCGGCGCCGCCUAAUUGGCGAAUGCACAGGGUGGGAGGGGAGGAGGCCCCUGUGCCCUGGGAUGCUCUUAAAAGGCUGUGGCUUGGCAGCCGAGCUACGCGCACCGGCUCACCUCGGCCAUGAGCAGCGCGGCCCGCCCGGACCCCGCGGAGGCGCCUGAGGAGCGGCGGUUCCUCAGCACUGCGGAGGCGGCCGCCCUGGAGCGGGAGUUGCUGGAGGAUUAUCGCUUUGGGCGGCAGCAGCUGGUGGAGUUGUGUGGCCAUGCUAGUGCUGUGGCUGUGACCAAGGCCCAUGCUCAUCCCUCCUGCUACUCCAGGCCUCAGUUUCCCCACCUGAACAAGGAGGAAUUCCAGACAUCAUGCCUUUGCCUUUGCUGUGCCCCCUGCCAGGUAUUCCCCUUGCAUACUCUCUCCCGGAAGCAGAGGACAGUGCUGGUUGUGUGUGGCCCGGAGCAGAACGGGGCAGUGGGGCUGGUCUGUGCCCGGCACCUCCACAUGUUUGAGUACGAACCGACCAUCUUCUACCCUACACGCUCCCUGGAUCUGCUGCACCGGGACCUGACUACCCAGUGUGAGAAGAUGGACAUCCCCUUCCUGUCCUACUUGCCCACGGAGGUUCAGCUCAUCAAUGAUGCCUACGGGCUGGUGGUGGAUGCCGUGCUGGGCCCUGGCGUGCAGCCGGGAGAGAUCGGGGGCCCCUGCAUGCGGGCGCUGGCCACACUCAAGCUGCUGUCCAUCCCCCUUGUGAGCCUGGACAUUCCCUCAGGCUGGGACGCGGAGACCGGCGGCGGCGACACCGAGGAUGGGCUCCGCCCCGACGUGCUGGUAUCGCUCGCCGCGCCCAAGCGCUGCGCCGGCCGCUUCUCCGGCCGCCACCACUUCGUGGCCGGCAGGUUCGUGCCCGACGACGUGCGCCGAAAGUUCGCUCUGCGCCUGCCGGGAUACACGGGCACCGACUGCGUCGCGACGCUGUGACCGCCACCCGCGUCCUGGCGGCUUGGACCCGCGCCAAUAAACAGACGUCCCACCACCACCUCGCC